UGACACCUCCUCCUGCGCAUGCUCACUUCACCCCCCGGCCGUCUUAUCACCGCAUGUGUGUAAAUGUUUAACUGGGGGGUCGGGCUCAGACUUUAGUCCCUCAGGAGCCUCCGACUCGAGCAGAAUGAGUGCAGCAGCAGGCGGCUCGGCCCUGCAGGUCCACGUGAUCCGGGUCGGUCCGGGUCAGGAGCUGUUGGGGUCUCUGCAGGCCUUCGUGGACGAGCGGCAACUCCGAGCGCCCUUCAUCAUCACCUGCGUGGGCAGCGUUACCAAGGCAACGCUCCGGUUGGCCAACGCCACGGCAACCAACACCAACGAGGUGCUCCACCUCAGCGGAUGUUUCGAGAUCGUCUCCCUGGUCGGCACUCUGAACCGGGACGCUCACCUCCACGUCUGCCUGGCGGACGGGGAGGGGCGCACGGUCGGGGGUCACGCGCUGGGCGACCUGGAGGUGUUCACCACGGCCGAGGUGGUGGUCGGCGAGGCGUCACACCUGCUGUUCACCAGAGAGACGGACGAGCAGACCGGCUUCCCUGAGCUGGUGGUUCAGCCGCGACAAGAACGAAGAUAAACGAACAUAUUUAUGCUAGAGGUUCCCAACAUGGGGGUCGGGGCCCUCUGAAGGUCUACCAAAUACGCGCGUAACUUCCUAAUUGAUUGAUCUACCUGCAAAGUAACUACAGCUGUCAAACCCUCGCGUGGAAAGUAAUUGAUUACAUUUUCUUGUGCAACUGGAGUUGCUUUUGUCCACCAUUAUGACAUCAGCUACUUAGCUUUAGCAUUAGUAUAAGACCAAAGCUGAAAAUUGGAACAACUGAGGGUUUUUUAAGUUUCCAAACAGAAGCAAAAUUCAUAAGGAAAAUAAAACCUCAGCUGAUUUUAUCUGCUCUGAUUUUUCCAUAUAAGAGCGUUCCAAGUGUCCUUCGGUUUUAUCCAAGAGGAGUAGUUUUGCACACGUGAGUUUAUUGAAAUAUGAAAUUGAAUAUGAAAGUUUUUUAUGCUUUCCAGAAACUCUUUUCCAUCACAUCUUCCUGUGGACCCGUCGGAUAUUGUUGAAUUAGUUGCAGAAUGUGUUUUGAGCUGUGUUUACAUUCAUAUCAGUGGUGCACAAAGUAAAAGCCUCACUCUCUUUUUAUUUAACAACACAAAGCGCGAGACCCCCCCACCCCAGGAUUAGUUUACACAGCAGCUCAGUGAUCUGAACAGAAGAUCCAGAAAACCAGUGAACAGAAACCAGUUUGCUGUGGUUUUAUGCUCUAUGACUCCAAAGGGGGGUCAGGGGCUGCGCAUCACCACUGGGGGGCAGCAUGAGACCAGAAGGCCUGAGAGCACCACGAGGUUGGAGCUCUCUCUCUUUAACCACUAGAUGGUACUUUUAUAUAUUAUUAUUAUAUCUAAUCUGUUUAAUCUGUGUUCCUGGAGAUUGUCUUCAUAGUAAUGUAUUACUGUGUAUGUGCACGUGCAGCUUUUAUUCACAUAAGAUUGUGUCCCUCUAAACAAGUCAGAUAUUCAUAUAUUCAAGAUAUUCAGGAGAGAAGAUCAUUUUUCAGAACGUCGGUCUGGCUUCUGAGAAAAAUAUUUAAAAAAAACUUCCAGGUAUUCAAAGAUUGUGUAGUUCUUGGACACAGGACGUUAUCUUAUCUCAUCUUGUCCGUCUCUGCUACUUGAUUCAAAAUGAUGGCGCUUCAAUGCAAAUAGUAGAGUAACAAUAAAAAGUAGAUGAAAUGAUCAACUAGUUGUAAUCCAGUACUUCCCUCUGAGAUGUUGAGUCAUAUAUUAGUAUGAGUGUAAGUACAAGUACCUCAAAAUGUACACUUAAAUUUACUAUGACAACGGACAUAAACAGAUUUAUUUAUAGAUCA